AUGGUGGGGGUCCUGGCCAUGGCGGCGGCGGCUGCUCCCCCUCCGGUGAAGGACUACGAGAUUGAGGCGUGCAAAAAGCGAAGGAAAGAUGAUGACAGAUCUUCCUGCAAAACAAUUACAAAAUAUUUAUCACCAACAGGGAAGACUGGAGACAGUGUGUUCUCUCCACCCAAAUCCAGUAAUAUUCUGAAUUAUUUUAGAAAGACGUCCCCCACAAAUGAGAAAACACAAUCAGCAAAAGAGUGCAAGAUAAAAUCAUUGCCACCAUUGCCUGCUGACAGUGGCAAAGACUGUAAAACACCGUUGGGAGUGUUCUCACAUAUAGAGUUCAAGAAGAGAGGAAAGAGAGUUAAUUUAUCUCAUCGACUAAAUAAUAUUAAAGCUGAAAAUGAAUCUCCAAUUGAAAUUAACAGUGACAAUAGCAAAGAAGACUCCAGUCUAAAUAAUGAUUUUGUGGAAAGUAGUACUUCUGUUUCACUCUGCAAGAAACGUGUAGAGGUACUUGCAGAAAGUAUUCAAGAUAACAAAAAACAGUCAAGCACUAGGACCUCCAUAAAAAGCUCCAAGAGAGUAAAUCCUAAGCAAGGAAUCACAAAAAAUGAUUGCAAAAAAAUGAGGAAAAGGAAGCACAGAGAUAUAAUAGAUCUGUCUGAAAGCUUACCAUUGGCAGAAGAAAUAAGUCUCCUUCAAAAAGAUGGUAAAGACAGGAAGGAGAGAGUGCCUUCCCUAGCUGAUGAGAUGGACAGUCCUGCAGACUGUGCAGACUCUAGGGGUGAUAUAGCUAAACCAGCCCGCUUAAAGGAUAGGACAAUAACUGUCUCCUACGAGGAAUUUUUGAAAAGUCACAAGGAAAAUAAAGUAGACCUACCAGACUCUACAGUGGCGAUUUGUAUUCCUUCUGAAACUGUUGAAGAUCUAGUCAAAAGCGGUAGUAUGAGUGACCCAGAAACCUGUGACAUUUCCCAACACAUACGCUCCAAGACAGUUACCGUUCUUGCACAGGUUCACCCUAUUCCCCCCAAAAAGACCCGGAAAAUACCUUCAAUUUUUUUGAAACAAAAGCAGUUGGAAACAGAAAAUAGCCUGUCAGAUCCUGAGAAUGAACAGACUGUUCAGAAAAGAAAAUCGAACGUUGUCAUACAGGAGGAAGAAUUAGAGUUGGCAGUGUUGGAAGCUGGAAGUUCCGAAGCCUCAAAGCCGAAAUGCACUCUAGAAGAAAGACAACAGUUUAUGAAAGCGUUUAGGCAGCCAGCAUCGGAUGCGCUUAAAAAUGGAGUGCGAAAGUCUUCCGAUAAGCAGAAAGAGCUCAAUGAAAAAUCUUUGAAUGAUGAAGGAAGAGACGGUAAUUCUAAAAAAAUCAUGGACAAUGUUAAUAUUCAAAUGAUUUCAAAUUAUGGCAAUUCACAGUCACAUACUGACAAAGGAACUUUUCCUAAAGAGAAAAGUAAAAAGCUGAAGAAAAAGGGUAAGAAGAUGUUAGAUACUGGUGCUACUCCAGGUGAAAGUAGACAGGGAAAUACUCAAAAGAAAGGAACAACUUUUUCCUUUAAGGGUAAACAGAGUCAAAAUAGGCUUAGAAGGAGUUUAAGACAAAAGAAAACGGAAGUUUUCAAAAACACAUUAUUUAGCAGUGAAAAUCUUGUUGGGGAAGACCCUCUAAAGAUUUCCUCUCCGUAUAACAAGAAGUCUUCAAGAAAAACCAGCGUACCCACUAAUGAUAAGGUCAUACAUUGUAAAACCGAAACCGAAGACAGUCUGGAAAAUGUUUCCACACCCAGGUCAAGCAGAAGAUCUGUAAGAACCAGCAGCACCCCUACCGCAAUGGUCAUUAGAAGUACUGAUUCUGAAGAUGAUAGUCCAAUAAAGGCUUCCACUCCAAAAGCAGCCACCUUACCAGAAAAGCAUAGCUUAUAUACGGCAGAAUUAAUAACAGUCUCUUCUGAUUCAGAGAGCCCUAUUAGAAUGAAAUUCACCAGAAUUAGUACUCCCAAAAAAUCUAAGAAGAAAUCUAAAAAAAGAUGUGAGAAAUAUGAAGCAACCGAUGGAGAUUUUACUUCUCAGACUAGAAAGGCAAGCAGUGCUUCAAAAAGUGUAUCAAAAGCAAAACAAUUGAUUGAAAAAGCAAAAGCUUUACACAUUAGUAGGUCAAAAACUACUGAAGAAAUAGUGACGCCCUUAAGACGUUCAUCUAGACAUCAGACGCUUGCUGAAAGGAAGGAAUUGUCAGAAACAGCAGACUCUGUAAUAAUAAUAGAUUCAGAUAUUACUUCUUUAAAGCAACCUGAGAAAAAUCAGAAGAAUCUUCAGUGUCUGAAUGAUGUGCUAGGAAAAAAACUUAACAAGAAUCCUAAAAACGUACCAGGGAAAGUGAAAGUUGCUCCUUUAUUUCUUACCAGAAAAGCUCAAAAAACAGCUGAUCCUAUUCUUGGUUUUGAUGAAAACAGCCAAGAUACAUCUGAAAAGUCUCAGGAUUGUGAUGUGCAGUUUCAAGCCAAGCGCGACUUCCUAAUGAGCGGUUUGCCGGAUUUGCUGAAACGACAGAUUGCAAAGAAAGCUGCUGUAUUAGAUGUGUACCUUGCAGCGAGUACUAGUUUCCAGACAGUUGUCCACGUACAACAAAGAGAUGAUGGAUGCCAUUUGUGGCAUUUGAAACCACCCACUUGCCCUCUCUUAACCAAACUUAAAGAACUGGAUACUAGAGUAAUAGAUCUCUCAAGAUGUGUUCUUGCUCUUGGUGAAUUUUCAACAUUGAAUUCAAAUUCUAAAAGUACUAAUUCUGCUGUUGUGUUUGUGGAGAGAAGGAAAGAUUUGACUGAAGAAGUAAGAAAUGUUUUGCUGGAGGAAAUUAGGUGGUCAAAUCCCGAAUUUUCUUUGAGGAAAUAUUUUUCUUUGCUUCUUAAAAAACGAAGUGAGCACCAGGUACUUUCUGAGUGUCAUCGUAAACAAGAAAGUCCACAACUCGAACCUGAUGUCAAUCAAAAAGAAACCAAAAGGAAACGAGUGGAAACGGAAAUUCAGAAGUCAAAAAGAAAGAAGCCAAACGAGUAUUCACAAAGCCCAAAAAAGAUAAAUGGGAAACCAGAAGAACUUGACAAAAGAAACAACUCCACUGGGAUAAAGCUAGACUCUUGUAAAGAUUCUGGAACUGAAGACAUGCUAUGGACAGAAAAGUAUCAACCCCAGAACUCCAGUGAGCUCAUAGGCAAUGAGCUAGCUAUAAAAAAAUUACAUAGUUGGUUGAAAGACUGGAAGAGACGAGCCGAAUUGGAAGAAAGACAAAAUUUGAAGGGAAAAAAAGAUGAGAAACAGGAAGAUCUGUCGGAUAGCAUUGAUUUUAAAGGCAGUUCAGAUGACGAAGAAGAGAAUCGCCUUUGCAAUACUGUUCUGAUAACAGGGCCGACAGGAGUGGGGAAGACUGCCGCGGUAUAUGCAUGUGCUCAGGAGCUUGGAUUUAAGAUAUUUGAAGUCAAUGCCUCUUCUCAGCGCAGUGGUAGACAAAUUCUGUCUCAACUGAAGGAAGCUACCCAGUCCCAUCAAGUGGACAAACAAGGUGUAAACUCUCAGAAACCUUGUUUUUUUAAUAGUUACAACCUAGGCAAGUCACCAAAAAAAUUAAGCUCUCCUAAGAAAGUUAUUACAUCACCAAGGAAACUUCCUCCGCAGUCACCACAAAGUAGCGUACCAAAACGAACACUUCCGCCUAAAACUUUGGCAAAUUACUUUAAAGUUUCUUCUAAGCCAAAAAAAAAUGAAGAAAUAGUACUUCUGGAAAAUAAUAAAGGAAUCAAAAAUUCUUGUGAACAGAAACCAAUUAUUCAGACUAAAUCUACAAACACAACUAAGUCAAAUGUCAAAGAGUUUGGAGCUGAGGAAUCCAACAGGAAAAACGCAACAUCUCUCAUUCUUUUUGAGGAGGUUGAUGUCAUUUUUGAGGAAGAUGCUGGGUUUUUGAAUGCAAUCAAAACAUUCAUGGCAACAACUAAAAGACCUGUAAUCCUUACUACAAGUGAUCCAACAUUUAGUUUAAUGUUUGAUGGCUGCUUUGAAGAAAUUAAUUUCAGUACUCCUUCGCUUCUAAAUGUUGCCAGCUACCUACAGAUGAUCUGCUUAGCUGAGAACUUUAGAACUGAUGUGAAAGACUUUGUAACAUUGUUAACUGCAAAUACUUGUGAUAUUAGAAAGAGUAUCCUUUACUUACAGUUCUGGAUUAGAAGUGGAGGUGGAUUUUUAGAAGAAAGACCAUUAUCCCUUUGUCGAGGAAAUAGCAGAAGUGUUCAGCUGGUUUGCUCUGAAGAUGGCCCUGAUUCCAAAAAUAAACCUAAAAAUACUAAAAGGAGCCCUACAGACCUUCCCAAAUGUGACACUGGCUGUGUUGAGACCUUGUUUGGCCUUAAGAACAUUUUUUCCCCAUCGAAAGACUUAUUUUCAUUUCUAAAGCACAAGAUCAGAACAAAGGAAGAAUGGUAUCAAUUCAUCCAGCUUCUUACAGAAUUCCGAACACAGAAUGUAGAUUUCUUAUAUAGUAAUCUUGAGUUCAUUCUGCCAUUACCUGUUAACAUCAUUCCAGAAAUGGAAAACUUUUGUGGUUCAUCAGGAAGUGUGGAGGACACCAGUGCAGCAACAAAAAAUAUGAAAUGUCUUGCUAGGAAACAUUCUGAAGGAGAGAAGCCAUUGAAAAAGCCACAAAAAAAGAAACAAAAGAAAAAGAUGACAAUUCUAGAUGAUAGUGACUUAUUUGACUCUGAAGUGGACUUUUCUAAUGAAUUCCUUAGCCUUUCUCCUGUAUCUUCUUCCUCAAAUUCAGAAGAAAGCAAAGCCAGAGAUAAAGAAAGCAAUCCAGAGACAAAGAAACUAAACAAAUGUUUAGAGUCUAACAUUGAGUCUGUUCCUUGUCCUCCUAAAACACCAGCAGAAAAAAAAUGUUCUGCCCUCGUUUCUCAGUGUCUAAAUUCUCUCACUGAGUUCAUGGAUAACAUGUCCUUCUUAGAUGCUCUUUUAAAUGAUGUAAGAGAACAAAAGGAAAUUGGUAAAAAUGACUUCAGUUGGACAAAUGUUAAAAGCGGACUUUGUGAUGAGUUUAGUCUCGAGACUACCGAUGGAUGGACUUCUCCGAGCUCCGGAGAAUUAAAGGCAGCUGUAGAAGCUCUCAGCUUUACUAAAUGUUCAUCUACUAUUUCAAAAGCAUUGGAAACCUCCUUGAAUUCUUGCAAGAAAUCAGGAAGAGAUCCAACAAAAGAGCUUACUUUUUAUGUUUCACAAAAACGCAGCAAUGUAUAUUUCAGUCAGUCAGCGGCUAAUUUAGACAGUGCCUGGAAGAGGAUAGCAGUCAUUAAAAGUGUAUUUUCUAGCCGAUCCCUUCUAAACCUGGGUAAUAGACAAGCUAGUAUAAUUGAGUACUUGCCAACUCUUCGAAACAUUUGUAAGACGGAGAAGCUAAAAGAACAAGGAAAAAGUAAAAGAAGGUUCCUGCACUAUCUGGAAGGGAUUCAUCUUAACAUUUCGAAAGAGACUGUGAACACUUUGGCAGCUGGCUUCCCUUAA